ACACUCAGGAAAGUAGUCGAGGAUGAUAAAAGUAUUUUUAGUCUGAACGUUUUGUCGAUGUCUGUGGCGGGAAAAAGGCACAAGGAGCUGCGAACGCCUUGCAGACUGUGACAAUGCGUUUCAAACAAAGACAGCACUGAUUUGUAAGCUUCUUCUUCUUCUUUUUUUUUUUUUCUUACACUCCUCCUGUGCUAGUAUUAGCCAGACAGACAAGUCGGGGCUGGGUCCCGUUACCGCUGGACUCGGCGGCUCGCCAAGGGUUUUCUAAUGGAGGAGCAGGAAUAUCCCGAGGCGGUGCUGGUGUCAGAAGCUGGGCCGCAGUGGCUCCGAGCCGAAGUGGAGCGUCUGGCCGUAGAGCUCCGAGAAACGACCCACGAAAAGAUCCAGGCGGCGGAGUACGGGCUGGCGGUGCUGGAGGAGAAGCAGCAGCUCAAGCAGAGAUUUGAUGAGUUGGAGACGGAAUACGAGGCGGUUCGACAGGAGCUGGACCAGCUGAAGGAGGCCUUUGGACAAGCCCACUCGACCCACAGGAAGGUGGCAGCAGAUGGAGAAAGCAGGGAGGAGUCGUUGAUCCUGGAGUCUGCCAGUAAGGAGGCUCUCUACCAGCAGAAGGUCCUGGAUUUGCAGAAUGAGCUCCGUCAAGCCAAAGCAUCCCUCUCCAGCGCACAAGCAGAAAAUGAUCGCCUAUCUGCAGUUGCCCUUGAGAURAGAGAGAACUCAGAGCUGGCAGAAAUGCAGCGCUGUCAGCUGCGGGAUGACAUCAGAGAGUAUAAAGUUCGGGAGGCUCGGCUGCUGCAGGACUACACGGAGUUGGAGGAGGAGAAUAUCUCCCUCCAGAAGCAAGUGUCUGUGCUGCGACAGAACCAGGUGGAAUUUGAAGGUCUAAAACAUGAGAUCCGUCGUCUGGAGGAGGACUCUCAGUGCCUGCAGAGCCAGCUGGACGAAGCCAUGCGUCUGAGAGAGAUCGCAGAGCGACAGCUGACAGAGGCUUUAGAAACCAUAAAGACUGAGCGCGAGCAGAAGGCCACYAUGCGAAAGGAGCUCUCCCACUACAUGACCAUCGGUGGCUCCGUCUACAACAGCUCUUUUAGUAUUUCCAUCGACAACCCCAAGCUCCACGAGGAUCCCUCCACCGUCCUUGAACCUGACAACGAUGAUCUGAUCAGAGGCUUCGAGAACGGCUUAAUCAAGACGAGUGACAGCGACGAAGACAACAGGACGUCACUGAACAAGAGAGGCGGGGCCUUCAAACCAGCGCCYAGCCUGGUGGAUGACCUGCUGAGUGAGCUCAACAUCUCAGAGAUACAGAAACUUAAACAACAGCUUGCACAGGUUGAGCGUGAAAAAAUGGCGCUGAUCAACUCYUUGCAGGAGAGCCAGAAGCAGCUGGAACACGCCUACGGCACUGUGUCCGAGCAAAAAGAAACCGUCAACAGACUGACUGAAAACCUGAGCGCCAUGAGGAAACUCCAGGCCAGCAAGGAGCGCCAGUCCGCACUCGACAGCGAAAAGGACCGGGACAGCCACGACGACGGAGACUACUACGAGCUGGACAUCAACGGUCCUGAGAUCCUGCAGUGCAAGUACACCGUGGCUGUCUCUGAAGCUGGGGAGCUGAGGCAGGAGCUGAAGACGCUGAGGGCGCAGUAUGAGGAGUGUCGAACGCAGUACGAGGAGGAGCGAGCGCGGCUGGAGAGCGACGUCCAGGACUUGAGAUCAAAGUUGUUCUCGCUUGAGAAGAUAAGCCAAGCAGAUAAACUGGAAGUCGGUCGUCUAGAGAAGGAGCUCCAGCUGGUUAGCCAGGCGGCGGGAGAAUCGCUCGGAAGUCUCAACGUCGCCCAGGAUGAACUCGUAGCUUUCAGUGAAGAGCUGGCCAAUCUGUACAACCACGUGUGCAUGUGCAACAACGAGACCCCUAAUCGAGUCAUGCUCGACUACUACAAGGAAGGCAAGGCCGCGGUGAGACGGGGGCAAGAAGGGAGGGAGAACCAGACCGUACUUCUCACCAGCGGGUUGAUCGGUGGGAGRGAGGUUACAGCAUCCCCCGCCACAGAGCACCGCCCAGAACCCAUGAACAUCUAUAAUCUGGUAGCCAUCAUCAGAGACCAGAUCCGCCACCUGCAGCAGGCAGUGGACCGGACCACAGAGCUGUCCCGGCAGAGACUUGCCAGUCUGGAACUGAGCACGGUGGCGGACAAAGACAAAGAAGCCUGCAUGGAGGAGAUCCUCAAACURAAGUCCCUGCUUAGCACCAAACGGGAACAAAUCGCUACCCUUCGAGCUGUGCUCAAGGCCAACAAACAGACAGCAGAGGUUGCUCUGGCCAACCUGAAGAGUAAGUAUGACASUGAGAAGGCCAUGGUGACCGAGACCAUGAUGAAGCUCCGCAAUGAGCUCAAGGCUCUGAAAGAGGACGCAGCUACCUUCUCCUCCCUUCGAGCUAUGUUUGCUACAAGAUGCGAUGAGUAUGUGACCCAGCUGGACGACAUGCAGAGGCAGCUGGCUGCUGCUGAGGACGAGAAGAAGACGCUGAAUUCACUGCUGCGCAUGGCAAUUCAGCAGAAACUGGCUCUAACUCAACGCCUGGAGGAUUUGGAGUUCGACCACGAACAGGCGCGACGCAGCAGUGCCACAGCAGUGGGAGGCAAGGGCAAAACAAAGGGCAAGGGAGCCUCUUCCAACCACCAU